CCGAGCCCCUUCGCCGAUCGCCACACUUGACAGCAGGUCACAGUAAUUAUUAUAGCAAGAUGAGCGAGCCUCUCCCGUCGUCUUUUGAAGAACAUCCUCAAUUCCAAGAGGAGACUUCGCUCCAAAAGUUCCGCAGACGUCUCAAGGAAGAGCCUCUGAUCCCGCUAGGAUGUGCCGCCACUUCCUACGCACUGUACCGGGCCUACCGGUCGAUGAAGGCCGGCGACUCCGUCGAGAUGAACAAGAUGUUCCGUGCUCGUAUCUACGCCCAGUUCUUCACCCUUAUCGCCGUGGUCGCCGGAGGAAUGUACUAUGGUAGCGAGCGGAAGCAACGGAGGGAGUUCGAGCAGAUGGUGGAGGCACGCAAGAGCCAGGAAAAGCGGGACGCUUGGCUGCGCGAGUUGGAGAUCCGUGAUAAGGAAGACAGAGGCUGGCGGGAGCGUCAUGCGGCUAUUGAAGCCGCGGCAAACGAGGCCGCAAAUGCUAAAAAGUCAUUCCCCGAGCAGGAUGCUGCCCGCUCUGCUAUUGAGCCCUCCGAACAGAAGUCGAUUGGGGUACUAAGUGCUGUGAAGGAGUUGUUGUCGAGACAGUAAGGUUGGCAAAAGGAAGUGUUGUUGAGUUUCUUACUUGAUUCUCAUAUUAGUUUGGGUAUCUAUGAUAUUGUACAUAUAUGCAUUCGAUUUUUGUCAGAAUAUCACUCUCCAUCUCUUAACCAUUGAU